CAAGGACGGCUCUUUCUUCUCGGCCGGGUACGCACCUAAGCCGUUGCGGCCCACGACGGCCGAGGGUGUGACCGUCGGAACUUUGGGGAUCUGCUUGAUGGGCGCGGGGGCCUUGCAGGGCGGUUGCUCCCCUCCACUGCAGCCCGCCUCGCUCCCCGCCUUUCACAGAGCACGUACUACACCCACACACCCUAGUCUCCAAGUUGCUGGUCUCCAGUUGGCGUUGCUGCGGCGUCCACGGCCGAGCCGAGACGGGCCAUUGGCCCCAGCUUAGAAACACGCCCGCCCGCCAUUCGUCCCACACCAGAGCCCGCGCGAAUAAAACCGCACAACGGCGACCAGGCUGGAGCGAGCUUUCCCUUGAGCUUGCCCGCUCUGUCUCCCAAGGUCUGCGCUAGUCUUGUUCGGUGGUCGCCAGCUCCCCUCUCAGUGUCGACUGCCUUCCCUGCAGCAGGUACUUAUUACGAGAGGCCGCGCACCUCUCAGCCUGCCUGACGAACCCUUCCUGCCGACCUUGCGACUCUUGUGCCGCCCGUCUGACCAACCAGGAAGGCAGGGGCUGAUGGUCCAUCCACAACGCUUUUGGCCGUGACGACAUCCCCCAUCACGAUCCACCUGCUCUCCUCCCCCACCCGAACCCGACACCAAAACCGCGUCCCGCCGGCUCAACCCUCGCUCGGUCUGACUCUCACCAACAACACAAGCAUCCCAUCUCCCAGCUUUCUGCAUUUCCCCGCGGCUGCUGCUGCUUGUACUAUCAUAGACAACCACCAUCGACUUGCUAUCUCUUUGCCUCGCUACAUCGACUCUAUUCCGCGCGCGCGGCCUUCAAGACACGACUACUAUAUUCUUUCUUCCCCACACAUACGUUGAAACCCGAACACCUUGGUCGGCUUCCAUUCCCACACCUUUUGCGCAGUAUCACUACUACCAGCAACAUGUCGUCUUCGGAUCAGGCUCAGUCCAGCUCGUCGACCCAGUCGCAGGAGACCGGUCUGCCCCCUAACUGGGAGGUUCGUCUGUCUAAGAGCAAGAACCUUCCAUACUACUUCAACACCCUCGACACCACGUCGCGCUGGGAGCCGCCCGCGGGCACAGACACGGACAAGCUCAAGGUGUACAUGGCGAGGUACCACUCGACUCCCAUGCCGGCCGACGGCUCCGGCCCAGGCAAGAUUCGUGCUGCCCAUCUGCUCGUCAAGCACCGAGACAGCCGCCGCCCCUCGAGCUGGAAGCAGGACCGCAUCGUCCGCACGAAGGAGGAGGCGAGAACCGAGAUCGAGGAGUACCACCGCCAGAUAGUGUCGGGUCAGGCAACGCUUGCCGAGCUGGCCACACAGGAGUCGGACUGCAGCUCGGCCCGCAAGCGGGGGGACCUGGGCUGGUUCGGCCGUGGCGACAUGCAGAAGGAGUUUGAGGACGCCGCUUUUGCACUCAAGCCUGGUGAGAUCAGCGAUAUUGUCGAGUCGGCCAGUGGUCUCCACCUUAUUGAGAGACUGGAGUAAAUCCAGCUCCUCCCUCCUCGACAUGAUCAACCCCCACGCUUGACCUACAGAUCAAGUAUCUAUACCCCUUGUUGCCCCUACAGGUUUCGGUCCGGUGCUGGCCGUUGGGAUUCGAAAAGAGCAUUGUCUAAAAUCCUAAGAGAGAACAAAAAUACAAUUUUUUUGGUCGGAA